CCGACAGAUCGGAAAUCGCAAGGCUUCAGACUUGGAGUUGUUGGCAAGAGCUGCCUCUUUGUGAUCGGGCAGCCUGGACUGGGCAGCCAGCUGGUGGUAUGCCUGCUUGCACAACUGGAUCUUUGCUGGGGGCGGGGGGGGGGAGGGGAUCUCUCACAUCCGACCGAAGUGGAAACUGUGCGCUGUCUGUUAUCAGACACAGACUCCCAGUCUGGUACCCCGGAGGCUCGCCGCGGUCUGAGCAGCCAGCCAGGGUCUCCAGAUGACACACGUGGGUCUGUGGGUACGCAGAGUGGGAAAAUCUUCCUUGGCCAUCAUUACAGAGGACAAUCUGGGCGCAGAUUUUUUUACACUGAAUCCUGUGUGUAAAUAUAGGGCAAAUGAUGAAAUGAGGCUGCCUGGCAUCAGUAUGCAAAGUCCCUGCAUCCUGCUGUGAGCAAGGAAAUGGCUUCAGCAGAGCUGGCUCAGGAGACAAAAGCGUCUGAGGCGGAGGAUGCAGAAAGGGAGAAAACAUUGGAUUUGCUUGUUCCUGGGCAAGCAUCUCCCCUCAGUAAUGACCAAGAUGACUGCGCAGCAGCCACAGGGAGUGAAAAUGAAGAAGAGAAUCCAGUUGUUUUGGCAUCUUUGUCAAGAGGCUUCAGAAGGAGUGUAUCCUCAGACAUUAUGGACAGAGAAGCUCAUGAGAAGAAGAGGAAAAGCUAUUUUGGAGAAAGACAUACUAGCCCCUCUUCCUACAUUGAAAUCCUGGGGGGUGCUCAAGGCUCUGCAAUCCACCAAAAACCUGGCCCCUAUAACAAGGAGCAUGGAAAAAUCCUUAGAGCCCAAUCCUCCAACCUCAUCAGCCAACAGAGACUUCAUAUGAGCAAAAAGCUCCACCGGUGUUCUGACUGUGGGAGAGACUUUGGUAUCUUCGCAAAUCUCAUCCGCCACCAAAGGACCCACAUUGGAGGAAAACCCCACAAAUGUCCUGAUUGUGGGAAAGGAUUUGGCCACAGCUCAGCCCUCAUCACUCACCAGCGCAUUCACACAGGGGAAAAGCCAUACGUGUGCAAUGAGUGUGGGAAAAGUUUCAAUGUGGUAUCCAACCUUCUGCGUCACCAAAGGAGUCACACAGGAGAGAAGCCUUACCAAUGCCCCGACUGUGGGCGCUGCUGCAGCCAAAGGUCUCACCUGAUCACUCACCGGCGUCUCCACACAGGGGAGAGGCCUUACCAGUGCCCAGAGUGUGGGAAAAGCUUCAACGUUAGCUCCGACCUGAUCAAACAUCAGAGAAUCCACACAGGUGAGAAGCCCUACGAGUGCCGUUAUUGCGGGAAGCGCUUCAGCGGCAGCUCCAACCUCAUCACGCACCAGCGGCUCCACACUGGCGAGAAACCCUACGUCUGCCCUGAGUGUGGCAAAAGCUUCAUUAUCAGCUCCAAGCUGAUUGCACACCAGCGAAUCCACGGGGUGGAAAAGUUAUUUGAUUGCACAGACUGUGGGAAGAGCCUUACCAAAAGGUCCCACCUGGCCAGGCAGCAGCCGAGCCCAUACCAUCGGGAGAAACGCUUCAAGUGCGGUGACUGUGGGAAGAGUUUUACCACCAGUUCCUAUCUCAUCACCCACCAGCGUACUCAUACUGGGGAGACUCCCUACAUCUGUGGGGACUGUGGGAAAAGCUUCACAGUCAUCUCCAACCUGGCCAGGCACCAGAGGAUCCACAGGGGUGAGAAGCCCUAUAAAUGCCCAGACUGUGGUAAAAGCUACAGCCAGCGGGCCCACCUGACAACACACCUGAGAGUCCACACUGGGGAGAAGCCCUAUGUCUGCACCGAGUGUGGAAAAAGCUUCAAUGUCAAUUCAUCUCUCACUAAGCACCGGAGAAUUCACACCGGUGAAAAGCCCUACAUGUGCCCUGACUGUGGAAAAUCUUUCAGUCAGAGCUCCAAUGUCAUCACUCAUCGAAAGCUCCACCAUGGAGAUAGCCUCCUUGGUGACCCCAUUAGGGUUGUUCAGAUCCAAUAGUUCUUCACAUUUCUAUGGAGAGACUGUAACCCACCUGAGAAUCUGGCUGCUUUUCAUUAACCUAUGGAAGGCCCCUUCCUUUGCCUUGCUUCAGUGCCCUGACUUCCAUUGAAUUGUGGGUAGGAAUUCCCCUCUUCCCUUGCAGUGGCUUGUGAUCACCUGCAGCCAUUAACUGCUGAGGCCUGGGGGAGGGGAGGAUACACAACGCUUUUGCUCGGUUGUCCAUCAGAGCUUCCAAACUGGCUGGGACACUUCACAUGGGAGUUGCUACAGCCUUCUUGCUCAGUUCACAUCUGAAAAUCGUUAUUGCCAGGAUAUGCGGAUGUUGUGAAUUCAUGGAAAGCCUUCCUAUCUGUCCUGCUAACUACAAUACAACCUCACUUAUGAGAGGACCCUCUUUUUGCUGAGGCAAUGAUGCAGGGAAAUUUCAGCCAGUUUUCAAACCCACAGAAACUCUUUGACUCUGGGGAAGCCUUUACUCCCCAACAGAACUCAAUCAUUCUUCUACCUAAUGAAGUCACAUUUGUGCUUUGCCUUCUAGGAGAAAGAACCAGAGCACUUUUAAACUGUUUUGUGCACUCCCACUUGGGAUUUCAGAUAACAGCAGCUGAUCCUGAACUAUGCUUUUGGGUGGGUGGAGACCAUCCCCUUUGUUUGAAAAUAACCUUUGCAAGUUGAUGUUGUUCUCCAGUACUGGAAAGAAUAAAGGCUGUGGCUCUGUGGUAGAGCACUCACUUGCAGAAGGCCCCGGCAAUUCCAGCGGAAAGCUAUUCUGUAUUAAGCUGGGGGUUGAACUGUAUGGCCCCUUCAGACUCUGUGAAUCUAAGCAUCAAAUAGCAGAUGAUGUGAAAGGCCUCUGCUUGAGACUCUGAAGAGCCACUGCCAAUCUGCAUAGGCAGUCCUGACCUUAAUAGACCAAGGAUCUGGCCCAGCUUCAUGGGAAUGUUGUGGAUUUCUUUCUAGGCUUGUUUGGUGCCUACCAUAUGGCAAUAAAAUGACGAUUUUGUUA